AGUCAUGUUGCUAUUUUGGGUCAUUGUCUGACCCCUGACCUUCCACAUGGGGCAAGUGCAGAGGCUGUGCUCCAUAGGCCAGGGUCCGUGUCAGUCUCAUGGUGAAGUCCUAUCACAGGUGGACGGUUGAAGAGGCCUGUCGUCUCUGGUCCGAGAGCUCCCCAGCGUCUAUAAAAAGCCAGUGGAAUGCAGUGGGAGGCUCAGCCAGAGUGUGUGCACCAUUGAGAAGGACUGAGGCUAUAGUCACCAGAAACAUGACUGCCGUACAUCGUUUGGUGAUUGUUCGCCACGGUGAGAGCGCAUGGAACCAGGAGAACCGCUUCUGCGGCUGGUUUGAUGCCGAUCUGAGCGAGAAGGGCGUGGAAGAGGCCAAGCGCGGAGCUCAGGCCAUCAAGGAUGCUGGAUAUAAGUUCGAUGUGUGCUACACCUCUGUGCUGAAAAGAGCUGUCAAGACCUUGUGGACCAUCAUGGAGGGCACAGACCAGAUGUGGCUGCCUGUGUACCGGACCUGGCGUUUGAAUGAGCGUCACUACGGAGGCCUGACUGGCCUCAACAAGGCUGAGACGGCUGAAAAGCACGGCGAGGAGCAGGUGAAGAUCUGGCGUCGGUCCUUCGACAUCCCCCCUCCUCCCAUGGACAAGGACCACCCGUACCACAAAAUCAUCAGCGAGUCUCGGCGCUAUAAGAACCUGAAGCCAGGUGAGCUUCCCACGUGCGAGUCUCUGAAGGACACUAUCGCUCGUGCCUUGCCCUUCUGGAAUGAUGUUAUCGCUCCUGAAAUCAAAGCUGGGAAGAACGUCAUCAUUGCCGCGCAUGGCAACAGUCUCCGGGGCAUUGUUAAGCACUUGGAAGGUAUGUCUGACGCUGCCAUUAUGGAGCUGAACCUACCCACUGGAAUCCCUAUUGUCUAUGAGCUGGAUGCAGACCUGAAGCCGGUCAAACCCAUGUCCUUCCUGGGAGACGAGGAAACGGUGAAGAAAGCCAUGGAGGCUGUUGCUGCCCAGGGCAAAGCAAAGAAGUGAAAAAACACAAGAGACUGUCCCUCCUUCCGUCUGUCCUUGCAGUCCAUUCCAUUUGUGGAAAAUGUAAUGGCUCCUCUUGGAAACAUGCCAUUCUGUGCGAAGUGGCCUUCUGCUCAAAUGACAAGCAGCUGAGCAGAAAGCCAAAACUGGGA